GCGGGGCACGCCGGGAGGUGUGGCGGCGCGGGCGGAGCCCGCUGAGGGCGGGAGCGCUCGGUCGUGCCGCCGGUCGCGGUGCCGCCGGUCGCGAUGCUCCGUCGGAAGCCGACGCGGCUGGAGCUGAAGCUGGACGACAUCGAGGAGUUCGAGAGCGUCCGGAAGGAGCUGGAGAGCCGCAGGAAGCAGCGCGACGAGGCCGAGGCGGCGGCGGGCGGCGAGGAGGCGGCGGCGAUCGGAGCGCUGGGCACGGAGCACAAGAGCCGCGAGCAGCUCAUCAAUGACCGCAUCGGGUACAAGCCGCAGCCCAAGGCCGGCGGCCGCACCGCGCACUUCGGCACCUUCGAGUUCUGACCGGGCAGCCCCGGGAACCCCCGGCAGCCCCGGGAACCCCCGGCAGCCCCGGCACCCUCAGCCGGGCGGGCCUCGCCGUGCCCCCUCCGAGCUGUUACAUUUUUGUUUUUUAAGUUUGGUUAACACGCCCGUGAACGCCCCUUUGCCGAGUGUUUUGUUUUAUAUAAACACUUACUUUUUUUAAAUAAAACAAUAAUAAUCCCACGAGCUGCUGUAAACGGCUGCAGUGACCGGUGGGGGUGGAAACACCCGGGCCAACCAUUCCCUGCUCCUGUGAGCAGGGGGAUAAAACACCGCGGGAGGAUCCUCUGGGAAAGUGAUCUGGUGAUCUUAAACCAGCCAGUGGAGUGGCCACCUAAACCUCCCGAGAAAAUCAAUCUUAUUAUUUAAUGUUCGAUCUAGGCAAACCCACAGGUUUCUCUUGCUUUUCUUUCACAACCUGCAUUUUCCUAGUAAUUUGUAUUUCAUAGAGCUCACCUAUGAGCUGGUUCAUAGAAUUGUUUGCCACAGUAUUUGGUGUUAAAAUCAGAAGUGUCUGAAAGGAGAUCUCGAUUUUAGAACUUAAUUCUUCUUUUCCUUUCCUUCUGUACUUUCCUCUCUAUUCUGCUAAAUGCAUCAGAAAAAUGUAAAGAACUCUUGAAAGCACAAAUCUUUAAAUGAUAACAAACACCAAUUUUUCAAGUUGUUUUCAGUUUCAUCAACAUGCCUGCACACAUUAGGCUCAUGUGGAUAGCACACACAUACACAAAAUCCCCCUUAAUAAUUUUUAAUCUUUUGAAUCAUCUCUGCAUCUUAUCAUUUUGGGAAUUUUGUAAAAUCUGGUUUGGUUCAAAGGUGCUUGUAUUUACAUGGCAAUCUGGCUGUUGCUCUUUGUCUUUUUUUACUAUUUUUGGGAAAAAUCCUUUUGCUGUAACAUCAAAAGUACUGGGGUGUGACAGUGUUCACAGGGGUCCAAGGAU